UGAAAAAUAUCCUAUUCGGAGUCACAAAAGCAACUUCUCCUUCUCUCUCUUGAAUGUUUUUUCAUAAAACAGAAACCCUCUCUCUGGUUUUUUUUUUCUUUUCUUCUUAAAUUAAACUCGGCGUCCAUCUCCAUCCACCGUUUAACAUUUCAUCUCUCCUCCCUUGAUCCGAUCUGCCUGGCCUCAACAGUUUUCCCUUUGUAAUUUUGUUGAAUCCCAACUGCGUCUAGGGUUUUGAUUUCAUUGCAAUCAACAAUAUCAAGGGUUUCUAGAUCUCAAAUUUGAUUUGAUUCAAUGUCAGAGGGUGGUUAUGCUAUUGAGCUUUAUUUCGAUCCAGCACUUGAAAACCAGGUGCUCAAGGCCUGGAACGUGCUGGCUCGACGCCAAAUAAGCAGCCAACUUAUUGAAAUCGAGUCUCGACCUCACAUAACCCUUUAUUCAACUCCCUUUAUUGAUCCCACUAAGCUUGAAUCAAUCAUCAAGACUUUCGCAUCUAAGCAAGAACCAUUGCCCUUAUCUCUCUCCACCAUUGGUUGCCUUCCAAAUGACAACAAUAUUCUCUUUUUAGCCCCCACGCCUUCGCUUUCCCUUCUUCAAUUCCAUUCUCAGUUGUGUGAUGCAAUGAGGAAGGAGGGGAUUGAGAUCAGUGAAGAAUAUCGCCCGGACAAUUGGAUUCCUUAUUGUGCAGUGGCUCAGGAUGUCCCCAAGGCAAGGAUGGGUGAGUCUUUAUGUGUUUUGAGAGAUUUGAAGUUGCCUGUUGCUGGGUAUGCAAUGGAUAUUGGGUUAGUGGAGUUUUCUCCCGUUCGUGAGUUCUUUUCGUUCGUGCUUGGUAAUACAUUAGAAGGAUGAUGGUUUUUUCUUUCUUUUUUAUGGAAUUAAUUUGAAGGUGUUACAUUUACAUCUUCUCGUUUAAUAUCAAGUUUGCUAGUUUAUAGCAUACUAGAUAAUUUGCAUGUUGUGUUUAUGAUGAUAGUUCCUAGAUGAAAGUCCUACUCGUUUACAUC